AUGUUCUCGGUGCAGGAGGCGCUGCCCCGGGGGGGGGUCCCCAUGAAGGAGGAGCCGCUGAGCGCGGGGCUCCCCGCCGGCCGCUGGCUGCAGGGCACCGGCAUCCUGGACGCCAGCACGGCGGCGCAGAGCGGAGUGUCGCUGGCCCGCGCUCACUUCGAGAAGCAGCCCCCGGCCAACCUGCGCAAAUCCAACUUCUUCCACUUCGUGCUGGCCAUGUACGACCGCCAGGGCCAGCCCGUGGAGGUGGAGCGCACCUGCUUCAUCGACUUCGUGGAGAAGGAGAGGGAGCAGAACGGGGAGAAGACCAACAACGGGAUCCACUACCGCCUGCAGCUGCUCUACAGCAACGGGCUCCGGACCGAGCAGGAUUUGUACGUCCGGCUCAUUGACUCCAUGUCCAAGCAGGCCAUCAUUUACGAGGGGCAGGACAAGAACCCCGAGAUGUGCCGGGUGCUGCUGACCCACGAGAUCAUGUGCAGCCGCUGCUGCGACAAGAAGAGCUGCGGGAACCGCAACGAGACCCCCUCGGACCCCGUCAUCAUCGACAGGUUUUUCCUCAAGUUUUUCCUCAAGUGCAACCAGAACUGCCUGAAAAACGCCGGGAACCCGCGGGACAUGCGGCGCUUCCAGGUGGUGGUGUCCACCACGGUGCACGUGGACGGCCACGUCCUGGCCGUGUCCGACAACAUGUUCGUCCACAACAACUCCAAGCACGGCCGGCGCGCCCGGCGCCUCGACCCUUCCGAAGCCACCCCCUGCAUCAAGGCCAUCAGCCCCAGCGAGGGCUGGACCACGGGCGGUGCCACCGUCAUCGUCAUCGGCGACAACUUCUUCGAUGGCCUCCAGGUGCUCUUCGGCACCGUGCUGGUGUGGAGCGAGCUCAUCACCCCCCACGCCAUCCGCGUGCAGACCCCCCCCCGGCACAUCCCGGGGGUCGUGGAGGUGACGCUGUCCUACAAGGCCAAGCACUUCUGCAAGGGCGCCCCGGGACGCUUCGUCUACACCGCCCUGAACGAGCCCACCAUCGAUUACGGCUUCCAGCGGCUGCAGAAGGUGAUCCCGCGGCACCCCGGGGACCCCGAGCGCCUGCCCAAGGAGGUGCUGCUGAAGCGCGCGGCCGACCUGGUGGAGGCGCUUUAUGGGGUCCCCCACAGCAACCAGGACGUGCUGCUGAAGCGGGCGGCUGACGUGGCCGAGGCGCUGUACAGUGUCCCCAGGGCCCCCGCGCAUGUCACUGUCCCCUCCUUCGGCGGGGGACAGCUCGGCCUCGCCAUGGGCGACUCCCCGCAGGGCUCCGAACAAGGGUUCUCGCGCAGCCCCGGGACGCCCCCGGCGCGGGGGUUCGGCCCCCCGGGCUCGGCCCCACAGCAGGGCUUUGCCGGGGCCACCGGUGGCUUCGGCGGGGCCACCAUGGCCGGGCUGGGGGUCCCCGGGUCCCCUCCGAGCUUCCUGAACGGCUCCACCGCCACCUCCCCCUACGCCAUGAAGCAGAAGAGCGCCUUCGCCCCCGUGCUGCGGCCACAGGGCUCCCCCCCGCCCGCCUGCGCCAGUGCCCUGCAAGACCCGGCUUUCGAGGACUCGGACAAAUUCCACGCUCCGGCGCGGCCACUCCAGGGAUUGGCCUAUUCCUAAGGAUGGCGUGUCCGGAGGGGCUCCGGACCCCCCAUCCCACCGGGACAGGAGCGGGGACAAGGACUGGGGACAUCCCUGUCCCCUGUGCCCACCCCUCGCCUCCCCUCAGAGCUGGGAUGGCUCCGGAGCAGCCACGCGGAGCAGGAUGAGGGGACAUCCCCCCGAUGUCCCCACCUGGGUGACCCCGGCCUGGCCCGGCUGAGGGGGGACUUGGGGAAACCCUGGAAUGAGCCAAAAUUCCUGGGUUUGGCCUCGGGAAGAGGCGGAGA